ACCCUUUUCCCCAUUUGAUCGGUAUCUCGCCUUGGCCCGUGUUUGCGCUGUGAGUCGGUGUUUGCUCGUAGCUUCGACCUUUGUCCCCGCGUCCACCCGCAGCGCCACAGGUCACACGGCCACGCGAUCCCAACAAUGGAGCAGGAGGGCCGUGCAGUGCUUGUUUGUGCGCAGUCACGCUAGAUCGUCUCGACAGAGCAGCAGGGCUGGGUUACCUCGAGUUUCCCUCGGGGACCAGGCAGAUAUGGGGGUCGCUGACGACGAAAAACUUUCUCUGCUGAAACAUGGCGACAAACAUGACGGCAAAGACUAUAUGACUGCAGACAAGUGUAGAAGAAAGUCAGAAGAUGAAGUGUCUCACAAAUCGGGUGUCUGGGGUCUGUUCCGGUACGCCAGCAAGUGCGACGUGGCGCUCAUGUCGGUGGGACUGUUGUUCGCGGUGCUGCACGGCGCCAGCUUCCCCGUGCUCGCCAUGGUGUUCGGGCGCAUGACCAACACCUUCAUCGUGCAGGCCACGCAGGGGUUUCGUUCCAACUUCACAUCGGAAGACGUCGAUGUUACAGAAUCUUCCACAAUAGAUAGCAUAAACAACUCUGGCACAUCAACACUCAACUGGACCUCCCCGUUUAAUUCCUCUUCUGAAUCUGGUUCUUCGCCUUGGAUGAGCGAUAAGUUGUCUCCAGAAGAGUUCAGAAUAUACAUGUCCCAGUUUUCGCUCUAUUACCUGUUCAUUGGAGUCGGAGUCUUAUGCGCAGCGUUCGUUCAGACAUUGUGUUGGGAAAUUGCGUGUGAACGACAGGUCUACCGACUACGGCAGAUAUUCUUUGCGCAGAUGUUGCGACAAGACAUCAGCUGGUAUGACAAGAAUCAGAGUGGAGACUUGACAAUAAAGCUGUCAGAUGACCUGGAGCGCAUCAGGGAAGGCAUCGGAGCCAAGUUCAGCAUGGUGCUGCAGUACGUCGCGACGUUCGUUUCCGGCCUCGUGGUCGGCCUGAUAGCCAACUGGCUGCUCACGUUGGUCAUCCUGGCCGUCGCGCCCGUGCUCAUCGGGACUUCGGCGUACAUGGCCAAGAUCGCAGCCUCUUCGGCCGCCAGGGAGCAGCUGAAGUACUCCAUAGCCGGCGGCAUCGCGGAGGAAGUGCUCUGCAGCAUCCGAACUGUGGCAGCUUUCGGCGGGCAGGAUAGGGAGACACUGAGGUACAAAGAAGCUCUUGAGAAAGGUCUGUGGCUGGCCAUGAAGAAGUAUUACGUUCUCUCAGUGGGGAUUGGCGGAGUGUUCUUCGUGACGUACGGGGCGUAUGGUCUGGCAUUCUGGUACGGAGCUGAGCUGGUCGGGAACGGCACCAGCACGCCUGGAAGUGUUUUCACGGUCUUCUUCAGCGUGAUGUCUGGUGCCUUCUCAUUGGGCAACGCUCUGCCGUUCGUGAACGCCGUGAGCACCGCCGUCGGUGCGGCAUCCACGAUCUUCGACAUAAUAGACCGCGUUCCCGACAUAGACGCCUUCUCGGAGCAGGGGAAGAAACUGGACAAAGUCAAAGGCAGCAUCGAGUUCAAGAAUGUGUUUUUCGCGUACCCUGCUCGCCAGAGUGUUGAGGUGCUGAAAGACUUCAACCUGAGCAUCUCGUCGGGGAAGACGGUGGCGCUGGUGGGCUCCAGCGGGGCGGGCAAGAGCACGGUCGGCAGCCUGCUGCUGAGGUUCUACGACCCGACCAAGGGACAGGUGCUGCUGGACGGAGUGGACAUAAAGGACCUGAACCUGAGCUGGUUGCGGGCUCAGAUCGGGGUGGUGUCCCAGGAGCCAUGCCUGUUCGGCGUGUCCAUCCUCGAGAACAUCCGCUACGGCCACAGCGACGUCUCCAUGCAGGACGUGGUCAACGCAGCGAUGAUGGCCAACGCCCACGGCUUCAUCUCCUCCUUGCCAAUGGGCUACGACACGCUGGUCGGCGACAGAGGGGCCCAGCUGUCCGGGGGCCAGAAGCAGCGCGUGGCCAUAGCGCGCGCCCUGGUGAGGGACCCCAGGAUCCUGCUGCUGGACGAGGCGACCUCCGCUCUGGACGCGCACAGCGAGGGCGUGGUGCAGGAGGCACUCGACAAGGCCAUGCAGGGCCGCACCACCGUCAUCAUCGCCCACCGCCUGUCCACCGUCCGCGGCGCCGACGUCAUCUACGCCCUCAAGAAUGGUUUGGUGUUGGAAUGGGGUACACACACGGAGUUGAUGGCAAAAAAUGGACUGUACCAUGAUCUUGUGACUACUCAGACAUCCGGUGACGAUGGAGAAGUCAUCUGCAGUGGCGACCAUACCGGGCCGGAGCUGCAGCGACAGCUCAGCAGCUGCUCGAGCCAUGGACCGAGGCAGAGGCGGCGGGAGCAUCGAUCCCUGUCCCUCUCCAUGGCCUCCCUGCAGGACCCAGAGCUGGAGCACCUGGCCCAAGCCGUCGAGGAGAGCAAGCCAGAAGAUAUAGGCUUUCUGCGCAUUUUCCUCUUCAAUGCUCCUGAGUGGUUGUGGCUGGUUGGAGGGUUCAUCGGCUGCAUGUGCACGGGGGCCAUCAUGCCCGUGUUCGCCUUCUUCUACGGAGAGGUGUUCGCUACGUUCACGCUGACGGGGGAGGAGCUGAGGAGCACGGCCCUGUUCUGGACGCUGAUGUUUGUGGUGCUGGCGGUGUGCUCGGGCGUCAGCUACUGGCUGCAGGUGGUCUGCAUGGCCACGGCCGCGGAGAAGAUGGUGCUGAGGCUGCGGCUGUGCGCCUUCGCCAACAUCAUCCGUCAGCCGGUCGGCUGGUUCGACCUGGAGACCAGCUCAGCGGGCAGGCUCAUCACGCGACUGGCUCGGGACGCUCCCCUCGUCAAGGCGGCCGCCGGCUUGCGUGCCGGCCAGGUGCUGGGGGCCUUCGUGACCCUGCUUGCCGCGAUGCUCAUAGCGUUCCUGUACGGCUGGAAGCUGGCCUUGCUGCUGACCAUAGCCGUGCCUGUCAUAGCUGGGGCCAGCUACCAGCAGAUGCUCAUCAUCAGACGCAACCAGCGGAGGGAUGCCGAGCUGAUGGACGAGGCGGGGAGGGUUGCCUCGGAGAGCGUUCAAAACAUCCGAACGGUGCAAUCCCUCGGCAAGGAACUACUGUUUUGCGAACUCUACUUGGACAGUCUGAUAGCACCGUACUUGGAAGCAAAAAAGCAAGCGUUUGUAUACGCCUUGGUGUUUGCCUUCUCACAAGCUGUCAUAUACGUCAUGUAUGCCGGAGCGUUUAGGUUCGCAGCGUACCUCAUCGAGAACGGCGACAUGGAGACUACAAAUGUGUACAGGGUGUUCUUCGCUCUGGCGUUCUGCGCCGCCUCGGUGGGACAGGCGUCCGCUUACCUGCAGGACUACACCAAGGCGAAGCUCGCCGCGGGCUUGCUGUUCCAGCUGAUAGACCGCAAGUCCGAGAUAAGCACAGACGAGACGACCGGUAGCAAACCAGAGAUCGCCGGGAAGGUGAGGUUCGAGGACGUCCGCUUCAGGUACCCCAGCCGCCCCGACGUGGAGGUCCUCCGGGGCCUCAGCUUCGCCCUGGAGCCGGGCCACACCCUGGCGCUGGUGGGGGCGUCGGGCUGCGGCAAGAGCACGGUCGUCGCGCUGCUGGAGCGGUUCUACGACCCCACCGGCGGGGCCGUGUACGUGGAUGACCACGACAUACGGACACUCAACCUGCCGCAUCUGAGGAACCACAUCGGCCUGGUGACGCAAGAGCCCGUCCUGUUCGACUGCUCCAUCAGGGAUAACAUAGCGUACGGCGCGACCGAUCCGAACGUCAAGUUCGCGGACAUAAUGGCCGCUGCUCGUGAGGCCAACAUCCAUGACUUCAUCGUCAACCUCCCGGAGGGAUACGACACGAUGGUGGGGGAACGAGGCACCCAGCUGUCGGGAGGCCAGAAGCAGCGGGUGGCCAUAGCCCGGGCCCUGGUCAGGAACCCCAGGAUACUGCUGUUGGACGAGGCCACAUCAGCCCUGGACACGGAGAGUGAGAAGGUGGUGCAAGAGGCCCUGGACCGCGCGCGCAAGGGCCGAACGUGCAUCGUGAUAGCGCACCGGCUGUCGACCAUCCACAACGCGGACACGAUAGCCGUGGUCCACCGCGGCCGCGUCGCGGAGCUGGGCACUCACGACGAGCUGAGGGCUCGUCGGGGCCGCUACCAUCAGCUCAUCAGGAGGCAGCAGCUGUGACGCGUCCCCCGCGUCUCGUCACGCUUCCGCCUUUCCGGCUCGCGAGUGCUCGCUCUCGGUUCCGUCAGCUGUACUUGUCGCCUCACGAGAGUGCACGUGAACUGGACGAACCAGCGAGUCAUUGGCAUCCUCCACGCUUGGGGCGGCGAAUCCCGAAUGGAUCCUCGGAAGACGGCUCGCGAGCUCCGUGGACGGGAAAAAGUUUUGUGGAGAAGGCAUUCCGGUAAAGCCGCGUCAUUUUGUUACCGAAGUCGAAGAUGGAUGCCACACGUCCCUUCUGUGUGAAAAUUGCAGGUCCACAAUUGAAGCAAGCGAGUCGCUAUCUGGUUUCAUACGCUCGGCCGUUAUGAAUAAAUAAAAAUGUCGCCUUACAUGAUCUCCCCCCGACAUAGCCACUGUGAAAUAUAUAGUGGUUGCAUAGUGAGAAUAUUGCUUUAUCUGAAUUUGGUGUGGUGUUUUUUAUAGAAUGUUUGUUUGUCCUGUACACAGAUAACUUUGUAAUCCUUAGAAUUGCACAUCUCUCAAAUAAAUAACAUUUAUAAACAUAUUUUUUUCCAGAGUGUAAAUUUACGUUUGCAGCAUUUUGCGUGAAAUCUAACUUCCAUGAUACGGACAUGUGAUUUUCGUACACAAAAAAAUGAUUGCAGAAGAAAACCAAUCAUUGGACUUUGUACUUAAUUCUGCAAAUCUUUUUUAUUCCCUAUUCCUCUAUUCCGAGCUAACAUCUGUUUAUCGUGGGAAGUCACAGGAAGUGGUAUUACAGUUAAAAAAUGUGCCUCAUCCAUUACAAUUAAUACAGUAAGUAAUACGUAACAAUUAAUGCAGAAAGUUUUUUUUGCAAAAGUUUUGAAGUUAAAUGCAAAUUUAAAUAUUGUUUUGAAGUUUUACUGCCGUCGUAAAAGAUUAUUUAAAGUUAAUAUUCAUCUUGUUUCUUGAAUUUUGUUACCGAUUAUAUAAUGUUAGAUUUUGCAUAUGCAUUUGUGUUGCUUCAUACAAUUUUUCAGAAAUACUUUUUUAAUACAACUUUUUAUUUUAUGUUAAUAAUUAUAAUCAAAUUGUGUGUAAAGCUGCAUUUGUGUCCAUUAGUGUCGUUUAAUAUUUUACUUUAUUAAUGAUUUAUAUUUUCCAUUAUUUAUAGAGCAUUUAGAAAUAUAAAAAAAAGGGUGUUUUGAGUGUUGAAGCAUUGUCUGUAAAUGUUAUUUUUUUAUCAACAUGUAUGAAGUCAAAACUAUUUAUCAGUGUUGAUAUUUUGUGAAGUUUUUUUUAUAAAACUGCAAGUUUGUGUGAAAUGUAUUCGUACUGCCUUAAUUACAGAAUAUAUUUUGUUAAGUGUUUAUUUAAUUGCUUU